AUGACCUCGGAGGAGCGUUUCUCACGAUCGCGAAAUGGCUGUCUCCAGUGUCGCAAGAAGCAUUACAAAUGCGAUGAGAAGCAACCUCUAUGUUCUUUCUGCUCAAGUCGAGGCCUGGAUUGUCAAUAUCCUUCCGGGCUAAGAUGGGUGCGUCAGACAAGACCGAUGUUGUCAAGACACAGACCUCGAAACAACAGACAUCGAGAUAGUGUGGAAUUGCCCCGCAGCUCUCCAUCGGUAUUAUUGACUGAUCUUUUUCGCUCUGAUGAAGACAAACUUGCAUGGGAAUACUAUGUGAGGCUCGUUUCAUCAAACAUUCCAGCCCUCGAUGGCCCGGAUAAUCCAUACCGGCAAUUAUCCUUCACUGCCUUGUCAUCACCUGUUCUACUCGAGACUAUCGUCUGCAUAGCUACGGAGCACAUGUUGAACUUUGGCUUAGUCGAUGUAUCAACAGCAGCACGACACCAGCAACGAAUGCUACGAACUAUUGGCCAGAAUCUCCAACUAAUCGAGUCUGGAGACACAUGUGAACCCAGAACCAUUGUAACGGCAAACAAUCCUGAUCAUGAGGCACUCUUCGCCGCCGUUAUUCUCCAGGGUGUCAUAGUAGCUCAAUCAGCCGAUGGCGUUCUAGAACCGCAUAUCCGCUGUGCUGCUUUCCUCAUGGAUAUUCUAGAUCACUUUCGUCGAGUACCACGGAAUUUACUCGGUCGAAUGACAGUGCAACGCUUUGCCAUGGUUGACGUGAUGCUUGCUAUUUCCCGACAGCGACGCCCCUUUUCGCCCAGAGAUUUUGUUCUGCAUCUGCCAGAUGCCGAGACAUGGGAUCAUACCGAGCCGUCAUUCCACAAGAUGACCGGCUGUCCUCAGCCUUUGAUGUGUUUGUUGGUCCGAAUCUCACAUCUCGCCUGCGACGUGGAUGAUCGAUUGGAACACUGUGCGCCUACCAAUGAUCUUCUCGGUCAGGCGUACGCGCUGGAGAAUGAUCUUCGUGCAUGGGGCUCUGGUUAUCCGGGACGUACACCCGAGGAAGGGAUACGCGCGCCUCUGGAUAUCCUUACCGAAUGCUUCUACUGGACUGCACACCUCCUACUUGCGCGUCGCGUGUUUCAAGAUCACACUCGGUCUCCACGGGUGCAACACUUGACCCGCACAUGUUUUGAUCUUAUGGAUCAGCUCACUACGGGGGUUGGUCCUGAUUCAUCUCUACCGCAGCCGUUCUAUCUUGCGGCUCGAGAGGCGAUUACGAUAGAAGAUCGGGCUUGGGUACGGGAGAAGCAUGAGUCUAUGACGAAUUAUUAUCGUGAGCAGCAACGGAAUCUGGCGAUGCAGUUGACACAGCGUAUUUGGGAUAUUCAGGAUGAGCGGCUUAGGAAUGGGAAUACAGUGGACUCGGAGAGGUUCAUUAAGAGAUUGGAUCGAGAGUCUUGUCUUUUUAUUUUUUGA